UUGCUAAAACAUCUUUUUUCGGUGAAGAAGAAAUAAAUAUUGAAACUGAAACACAAGAAACACAAAAUAAUUACAAUAGUAACGUGAAUUCGCCUAAAAAAUGGACAAUUGAAGAAGAUUAA